CACGGUUGGCUGUGUUUGACGCCAGUGACACUACCUCCAGCUCCUGUACCGCCCCUUUGUUUGUAACAGUCUGAGCUGCGGGGAGGGCAGGCUAGAGAUUGGAAAUUGUCCUGUCUUCCUGCUGCAGUUAUGGCGGCUCCGUUGGCUCAAUUCGAUGAGGACUGGCAGGACUUCUACGAAUUCAAGCCGGUUUCUGGUUCCCAGAACCGACUUGACCAAAUAAAUUCGAAUGUGGGAGAAGUCCGAGGCCUGCUGGAGGAUUUUCCCGAACUCGACAACAGCUUCUCCGGAGAGAUCGGCAGCUUUAAGUCCAUGGAGGACUUGGUCAACGACUUCGAUGAGAAAUUAACUGUGUGUUUCCAAAACUACAGCACCAAGACCGAAAACAUAGCCCCGAUUAAACCAAUUACAGAGGAAAACAUCAUGAAGGACGACGAGAUUUGGAAUGCCCUGACGGAUAAUUAUGGCAAUGUGAUGCCCGUGAAUUGGAAAACGUCUCAUACUCGAUCCCUCCACCUGCCGACAUUGAACCUGAUGGAGAAAGGGAAAAUCGACAGUAUAAAUCUGGACUUGUCGGAUGAUGAGGAGUUGAGGGAACAGCUGGACAUGCAUUCCAUCAUUGUCUCCUGUAUAAGCGAUGAGCCACUUUUCACUGCAGAACAGGUAAUUGAAGAAAUCGAAGAAAUGAUGCAGGAGUCUCCAGACCCAGAAGAUGACGAGAUGCCUUCACAGUCUGACAGACUAUCAUUGCUCUCUCAAGAGAUACAGACACUCAAGAGAUCCAGCACGAACAACAGUUCUGAAGAACGUGUGAAGCGGCUGUCUGUGGCAGAGCUAAACGAGCUGCUAGAGCAGAUUGAAACAGCCAUCAAGGACUACUCUGAGGAGCUGAUCCAGCAGCUGGCCCUGCGUGAUGAGCUAGAGUUUGAGAAGGAGGUCAAGAACAGCUUCAUCGAGGUACUCAUCGAGGUGCAGAACAAACAGAAGGAGCAUCGCGAGAUGGUCAAGAAAAAGAAGAAGCUGAAGAAUGGGAGCCCGCAGAAUGGCAAGCAGGAGAGGAGUCAUAUGCCUGGAACUCGCUUCAGCAUGGAGGGAAUCUCAAAUGUCAUUCAGAAUGGCUUCCGCCAAACGUUUGGAAACUCAGGCGGGGAGAAACAGUAUUUGACUACAGUCCUUCCUUAUGAGAAAAAGGGAGGACCACCGUCUGUUGAAGAUCUUCAAAUCCUCACCAAAAUUCUUCAUGCCAUGAGAGAAGACAGUGAUAAAGUGCCAAGCUUACUGACGGACUACAUUCUAAAAGCAUUCGUGUGAAAACUGGAUUGAGUUCUCUGUCCAACAUAAAAGAAUGAUCUGGCCUCCAAGAAGAGCGUGACAUUGGGCACUGGGAUGGAAUUGUUUUGUUCCCAUGACAACUUGGAGGACUCAUUUCUGUGGUUCAUAGUGAAUUACUUUCUUCCCCAUCAGAGCUCUCGCUUAGCCUAAUGUUUACUUAGUUCCCAUUGUUGGAAUGUAGGUCUUUUUUUUUUUUUUCAGACUGAGUUAGCAAACUAUAUAUCUAGUUACCAUGCUGUAGUUGUUUUAAAGAUUUUUUCAGAAGAUAGAGAACACAAAAGGAACAACUGUACAGUUUCAUCAAGAAGUAUUGUUUUUAGAAGUGUAAUGACUAUUUUUACAGUGGGUAGAAGAUAGAGGUGUUCCCUUUCCUUCCCCUGUUGUGAAGGGGUGUCGUUAACUUUUACGUGUAAUUCAAAUUUUUCCAACCUGCGUUUAAAAGUGACCUCCCAGUUUUAAAGGGAGUGUUUCAGUUUUGGUACAAAAAGGGAUCCUAUAGUUUUUUAGCUGCACUGAAGACAUUUUAAAUUAUGAAUAAUUCUUCUAAAUUGUGCAAUCUAGUGAGAUUUCUGACCUUUCAGUAUUAAUUACAAGCAGCGUUUCAAGAACGAUCCAGGCAUCUGCUGGUACUUGUUAAGUCUGUACUUUUGUACAACACAGCAUUAUCUUUGGGUUUGUAGAAGUCGAGGUCUGCCUUGUGUUUUACAAGGAGUCCAGUACAACAAGUCAGUAAUCUGCAUCAUUUCAGAUAAAGUUGGAAUGUUUUUGGAGCUCCAAGACUGGACAGAUUUAUUAUCUGUUAAUAUGUCAUUUGGUCCUAGGUGGAAGCCUACAUUUCUCUUAUUAAAAAAAUAUGAAAAUCAGUAUAAUUUAAAAUAUAUUUUAUUAACAUUCAUAUGCUGUUGCGGGUCCCUUGAGUGGCAGCUAAAUUCAAUUUCGAGGGUGGUAGGAGGUAUUGUAUCAAAGAUACAUAUGUAAAUCACCUUAUACAUUUUCUUUUUAAUAUUUAAAUUCUGUCUAUGGGUGAAUGGGCAACCAAAGUCAAGUUCCUCUCUCAUUUGCCAGUUUAAUUAAGCAACGACUACGUGGCACAUUGAGUGUACAGGAGAAAUCUUUUCUGAUUGAGUAAAAUCUAAAAUUGUGUAUUUAUGCUAGCAAGUUAAAUAAGUGAACUUGAUUUGUCCUCUAGUAUAGCUAUUAUGUGGCAUGUGCUUUGGACAUUGGCUUUUUAUUACUUUUAUAUGUACUUUAGAGGCUUUUAAUAGUCAUGAUGCAACACUAAUAAGUAGGCCCUGAACUAUGACUCUAUUUGGCCUAUUAAGUCUGUUUUAUUGCAUGUUUUGUUAUGACUGUGGGGUUUUAAAAAGGGUAUAGUAGUCAGUGUGACCAUCAUUCUCAGUAGAGCCUUGGAUCCUUCUUGCAACGCCUCGGUUUUAAAAACACACUAUCACUGGGAGUGACUUAAACCUUGCUGCUGAUAUAAUAGAAGGCUAAAACUGCCAGGACAAAAGAAGAAUCGGAUAUGAAUAUAUCCUGGGACUGGGGGAGAAGAGACUGUGCUUCAGAAUUUCAAAUAAUAAAUAUAUUAAACCACUUUGACAAACCUCUAUUACAGAGCAAAGGUGAUGACAAGUAUUCUGAAUUCUUAUUGCCUGAUCAUGUAUGCAGAAGGACAAGCAUUUCAUAACAAUUAUUGCAAGUAUUUUUUAAUUAGAAAUAUUUUACAUUUUUAAUAAAGGCAAUAAAGUAAACUGCCUUUAAUCAUUACAAUGUGAGUUCCAGAUGUCAUUUAAUAUUGUACAUACUGUAUACAGUAUGUAAUCAAUGUAUAAUAUAAUAGUGAAGUUUGUUGCCUUGACAUCCAGUACGGUUUAUGCCAAUUGCCCUCUUGAAAAAUUGGACAGUUUAGUUAGUAAUUUUUAUGUUUUUGUUUUUGACCAUAUGGAUGUGAUUCUGGAGUUUUAUAGGUUUGACAUAUGAAAUUCAAAAUAAUUUGUUACCAGUGAGGUGGUUAUGGGAGAAGUAAAUGUUUUAAUCCAGCUGCGUUUUCUCAUCCGUCUAUCAGGCAAACACAAUUCAGAAUCCUAAUGUUUAAUCCUGUUCUAAUUGGAAUGUGGCCCUGUGGUUUUAAAAGCUUGUUAUGCAGCAAAUGGACAUUACUAAACAGUAAUAAAAAAUAAUAAAUAACUCAAUAUCAGCUGCAAUAACUUGCAUGAAUCCCAGAGGAUUAUUUGUGUUAUGUUUUUUACAUUUAGUUUUACCUUCCAGCCGACAUGUAAUGAGACAUAAAUUAUGUUUUUAUGAAUAAUACAAUGCAAGGGUUUCCUCUAAUUUUAUUUCAAUGCAAAUGACCAAUGGAAACUUUCCCUUUGCUUCAGAUUUGUCAUCAAAUUGAGGUACCUCCACCCCAUUCUAGCUAAGGAUAAUCAUGUGCAAUGAAUGUUUAUUUUGUAAAAGAGUUAUAGUUUAACUAUGUUCCUCAGUUGUCAACAUAAUACAUGACUGGACAUGCUCUCUAAAUGUAGAAACAACUGCAUGCUACCCAAAAUGUAUUUGUAAAUUGUACUGUUUUGUGUACUGUGUGAAAAACAAAAACACAGGGAGAAAGGAUUUGUUACGUUUUGUGAAAAAAGAAAAAGCAGCAUUGUUUGUUUACCUGUAUAUGAUUCUAAUGCAAGGGUAGGCAACCAUGGUCCUUGCGGGUCAGUCCACAAUAGAUUAAGAAGUAUAAUUAACCGAAAAAAGCAGCAAAGAGUUAUAUUUCAUUCAAAUCCAAUUAACUGUCCUAUCCAGAAACUAAAAGUGUGUCCAUACAAACACACCUAAAUCUGCGUUAUUUGACCCAUCAUGUGAUAUCACCAGUACUGCCCUUUGGAAUUGUAAUUCGGUCUUCAGAGACAUAUUUAAACUGCUGAUUUAUGUAUGCUAGAACAUUUCUCUCCAGGUGGCAGUGGGCCUAUUACUUAACAAGGCAUUUCGAUGGGUCCAAGUUUUUCAUUGGUCCAUUGUUUUGUUUUGUUUUCUUUAAACACCGCUCUGAACACAACCUAGUGAACUUGUUGGGUCUAAAGAAAAGGACUAUGAUCACUAUUUAUUUAGUGGGUAUUUGCUUCUCUUCUAAAAGUAAUAAUAAAAUAUGUAGUCCAUAUAUACUGAUAAAUGCUGCAUGUUAGUAACUCAGAUAAUGUACUGUACAGGGCAUUCUUAACCAUAGCAGUAUUGAUUUCAGAUCUUGCAUAGAAAUCAGUAAACUGGCUCCCAUUAGGAUUGAAAAAUAUAUAUAUUUUUUCUAAAUCUAAUAACCAAGUGAACCUAAAAAAUUUAAAGUACGGUACAUAUUUCAGCUGCAUGUGCUAACUCUUCCAGCAGUUCACUGAAACAUAUCGCUGCCUCCUAAGACAACCUGUCCGACUAGAUAUUAAUAAUAGGGACUAUAGCUAAGAGGUACACUAGAUCUGUCUUGGGCAAUGCCUGAACUGUUAUGUACAUAGAAAUUACUUACUGUUUUUUUUUUAUGCAGCAUGAACUUUGUUUUUAGCUUAAUCAGUGUAUUAAUUUAUUUUGUAUGCGUUUUUUGGUUUUGUAAACCUGUACGUCUGUAGCAGUACGUUUUAUUUCAUACUAGAGCCUAUUGAAGAAUACAAAUAAAAGCUAGUUUGCCUUGC